AUGGACAGUAUUCUCGAACUACCCUCCUCUCAUGGCAUCGAGAUCGACGAUAUCAUCCGCUUCGGUGAAGGGGCCAAAGUCGAUUCAGCUGUCGCAGCAAAUGAACCAUCAUACACAGAGAGCCCUGGUGUCCUCCUCGUGGCGAAAGUAUGUGAAGCACUGGUCAAGUUAGGCUACGAUGACACCGACAUCUCCAACGUCGGCAGGUUGGUAUCGGAAAACCUGAUGACUAGCGAGACCUCAGACCUACAACGGACAGGUGAAGGCGAGAACGAUGUGACGACCAGCAAGACCGAGGUAGACACACCGGCGACUCGGGUCGGAAAGACACUGGGGAACCUCCUCGACAAAGAUGUCCUGCGAUCACGCACUGUCCACAUCAACUCAAAUGAACCCGUCGUGUUGAUCAACCAUGCACCGCGAAUGAGUCCAGAUUUCCUCGGCCAAGUCACCAACGAGACCGUCACUCAGUUGCAGAAUAAAUGGAACAUUUGGCCGGUGCGUGUCUAUGCUGGCCCAUUCGUGAUGGUGUCCGCUGAUGGGUUUUCAAUCACUUUACUGAACGUGGUCAAUACCAACCUGGGCGGGCCGAAUAUGGUGGAGCUUCUCGACAUGCCAUGUGAUGCAGUCGAGUGGUCUCGGUGGAGGAGGAAGGACCUCUGGAGAGAUCGCCAAUUCUUGUACAGCGAAACGCAAGACGGGCCUCCUCUGCCGCCUGAGUUCAGAGAUGAUGGGUCUGAACAAUCCAUCACAAGUGAUGGCGAUAGCGAGGAGUCGCUAAGCUGGGAUUCGUCUGUGGUACAUUCGCCACAACAAACACCAUUGCCUCAGGGGGAGGAGGCUACAGGUCGUGGUGAGCAAGACGCUAUACUUGCUCUACCUCCGAGACCCCGACUUGAGGAUAUGCAAGAAGAUGUUGCAACUGUGCAGCUUGCAGAGGGGUUGAUGCCCGAAGACAAUGAUCUGCUCGAGGCGCCGGAGCCCCAUAUUGAACAUCCAACAUGGAGUCGACAAGAUGACAGCAUAUCGCUGCUGGAUUUAAUCAGGUCCCAAGCAGCAACGCUUUCACCAUUUGGUAAGGAUACUCAAGGGCCCGGAUCACUAGAAGAUGGAGGCGAUGUCGGUGGAGACCAUCCUGCUGUCGACAAGUCAUCCAGUGACGGAAGCGACGAUUUCGUUGUUGUAUAG